AUGCAUAGGAUAAUACGUAUUCAGUUUCUUCAUUUAUUCAACAAAUUAUUUUCUAGCUGGCUUAACUGGCGUCAUAAUCAGUCAGUGUAUAAAGCAUUCUGAAAUAAUCAUGUUCGAUUCACGUGAGCCGAAGAAUGUUUUCAAAUUUAUUUUGUCUGCCCACUACUAGAUUUUUUUAUUAUUUCAGGCCAAAUGAAUUCCAAGAAAAAAUCAACAGAAUCGGAAGCAAAAUUAAGAAGAAGAAGAGAGCAGAAACGAAAGAGCAUGCAAAAAGCCAGAGAUAAGAUUAAAGAAGAUAAGGAUUUAUAUGAACAAUUAAAACUUAAAGAACGACAGAGAUGACAUGAACGAAGGAAAGAAGGAAAAGUUAAAUUGAUUAACGAUUUGAGUGAAAGAGAUCAAAGAAGAGUUAGAAAAACUGGAGAGAAGGAUAUAAAAGAUGCGUGGAUAAAAAAAAUAAAGCAAAGGAAAUGCAGGAAUUUGUAAAUAGAAACAGCCCGCAGCCAAGCGAAAACGGGGAUGAAUUAUUGAAUCCACUCCCUUCAACUAGUCGAGUAGAAUCAGGCAGAAGAAAGGCAAGAAAAAAUAGAGAAGAAUUGAGAAAAAAUUACAGUUAGCCGAGGAGAGGAUUGAACAACAGGAGAGAAAAUUAGCUUUAUACAAAAACAGAAAUCAAAGAUUAAAGUCAAAACUUUUAAGUACGCCAUCUAAACACAAAAGACACCAAGGCGACAUGUGGAAAAAAUGUUGCGUAAUAUCAAUCUUGAUAAUACGGUAAAAAAGAGACUUUUUAUGAAUGAAAUAGUAUGUCAGCAGGUCAAAGAAAAAUUCCACAUGGAAAAAUCCAGAAAGCUAAAGAGAAAAUGGGCGACUUUGCUCUCAGGUAGCUUGAUUGAGAAGUACAAGUGUACUAAAUAUGUUGAUUACCUUACAUCCUAUCGGUCAACUAGUAUUAAAGUUAAAAAACAUAUAAGAACAGUUAACAAAGUUGAAGCUACUGAAACAGCUGUAAUACAGUUUUUGGAAGAAGACAAAUGCAGCAGAAUUUGUCCGGGAAAAAAAGGACACUGUGACAAAUAAUAAGAUGAAAAAACAAAAGCGAUAUUUAAACGAUACCUUAAAACAUCUUUACCAAAAGUUCUGUUUGGAAACAAAAUAUAAAAAUCUAAGCUAUGCCACAUUUUGUCGGUAUAGGCCUUUUUGGAUUAAAGUUCCCUCAGUAGGUUCCCGUGACACUUGCUUGUGCAAAAUUCAUGAAAAUUUUGCACUCAUUGUAUCAAAACUAAAAACAUAUAAACUCAUUGAGGAAAAUUCAUCUUCCGAUAUAGUGAAAAGUCUCUGCUGUAAAGACAAUAAAAUGAACUGUCUGGAACGUACUUGUAAAGUUUGCAAAAACAAUCAAAUAAAAUUUAGUGAGUCCGAUUCUUUAAAGGAGGAAAUAACAUAUGAAAAAUAGGUUGUACAAAAAGUCCCAAUCAUGAUAAAAAAUCAAGAAAAAGUAAGCAACCGAACAAUCAAAGUUCAAAUAAAGAGCUCAAAGGAGGAAUUGCUAAAAGUAUUUAAAAACAGUUUGCCUACGUUUAUGCAACACACGUUUAACAUAUACAUACCAUCAAUACGAGAUAGUAGACAAUGUAAAAAAGACACUCAAAUAUGAUGAAGUUCUCCUCCAUUUUGAUUUCUCGGAAAAUUAUGUUUGCAAGUACGCGAAGGAAAUUCAAUCGGUUCACUUUGGUGGCUCUAAGCAACAAAUAAGUCUUCAUACUUCAGUAUUAUACUAUAGUGACUCUUUGUCUGGAGAAUUAAAGCACAAAUCGUUUGUUUCUGUAUCUGAAGACACUCGGCAUGAUGCUGUUGCUAUUGUUGCGUAUUUAGAGCCUAUAACAGCACAAAUAAAACAGAUUGUCCCAAUUUUGAAAACUGUGCAUCUUCUUAGUGACGGACCAUCUAGCCAAUACAGAAAUAAAACCAUGUUUCAACUACUAGGGUCUCAGUUAACUGAAUUGUUUUCAGCCGACAUUAUAACAUGGCAUUUUUCAGAGGCCUCACAUGGAAAGGGAGCUCCUGAUGGAAUUGGGGGGGGGGGCAUUUAAAAGAACUGCCGAUUCUUUGGUAGCAAAAGGUGUUGACAUUGACAAUUUUGAAAAGUUUGUGCUACAUCUGCAAGAAAAUAGUGUAUCUGUCAAUAUUAUUUCUGUUCCUGGGUCAAGAAUAGCUCAUUUUGAUCAGCUAAAGCCCACAGGAUUAAAAUCAUUUAAAGGAACAAAUAGCAUUCACCAAAUUAUAUAUGUGAAAGGAUCCAAAUUUAUCCAGGCAAGAAAGUUCAGCUGUACAAAUUGCUCUUUUGAAGAAGAAUGUACCCACUAUGGUAUGGGGCAAAUUGAACUACAAGUGGAAUCUACACAUGGCAGUAAAGAAGUGGAAUCUCAUCAUCAUGAAAUUAACCAAAUACAGACUCAAAGACCAUCUACUUCAAACUCUCCGUCAUUUAACAAAUUAUCUGUCGAUGACGUUUAUACUGAGUCUGAAGAUGAACAAGAGGAUUCUGGUGUUCUGCCGCAAAUUCAACCAAAUGACUACGUUGUAGUUAAGCUGGCGUCAAAAAAGGCAGUUAAAUAUUUUAUCGGACUUAUUUUAGCAAAUGAUUAUCACCUCAGUGACUUUAGUGUUAAGUUUUUGAAAAAAAUUUCAUCAAAUAAAUUUGUUUUUGUAGGUGAUAAAGUGUGGUCUGUAGAUAGAAGUGAUAUAGUAGUUAAGUUAGGUCAACCUCUCUUGAAUAACAGGGAGCAGUAUGUUUUUCAUGAUGUGACCAAUUUGAAUUUUGUGUUGGACUAGUAGCACUUUGUAUAUUUAAAAUUAUAU